UCUCAACACGGUGGCUGCACAAGUAUCUUUAUACCGUGAGGAUUAACCCGACCCGGUGAGCAGCGAUGGUUUGCGGCGGAUUCGUUUGCACCAAGAAUUGCCUCUGCGCUCUCAAUAUACUAUAUGUUCUGGUGAGUCUGCUGCUCAUCGGAGUGGCAGCCUGGGGGAAAUGGUUCGGCCUGAUCUCCAGCAUCAACGUGGUGGCAGGGGUCAUCGGGGUGGGCAUCUUCCUGUUCCUGGUUGCUUUUGUGGGGCUUUGCGGAGCCCUGAAGCACCACCAGGUCCUGCUCUUCUUUUACAUGAUUAUCCUGUUCAUAGUGUUCGUUGUGCAGUUCUCUGUGUCCUGUGCUUGCCUGGCCCUCAAUAAAGACCAACAGGAUCAACUCCUGGAGGUUGGGUGGAACAAAUCUGAGGCGACUCAGAGGGAUGUAGAGAAGACACUCAACUGUUGCGGCUUCACUCAUUUCAACCCCAAUGGCACAUGUGCUGCCAUAUGCUUCAAACAAGAACAUCCGUCUUGUGUCACUUGCUCCACCAUCAUCCAGAAGUAUACAGGGGAGAUGCUACAGUUUGUCGGCGGUGUCGGACUCUUCUUCAGUUUCACGGAGAUCCUUGGAGUUUGGCUGGUCCACAGAUUCAGAAAUAUCAAAGACCCUCGAUCAAAUCCUAGCGCCUUCCUAUAACCACAUAACAUUGUAAUAAUGACAUUUUAAUAAACCAAACCUCGCACUGCAGAAUAUUUUUUUUUCCUCCUAACUUUCUCAGUCACACUUAUCUGUAUAUUUGUCUGUAUUUAAUAUUUGAUGCUGAGUUAGUUUUAAGAAAUCAUGCAAUUUAUUUGCUGUUGUAUCAAUGCUUGUGACUAGACUGUGAAGAUUAAUUGAACAUUUUUGGGAAAUAUACUUAUUUGCUUUCUUGCUGAGAGUAUGAUGAGAAGAUAUCAUCUGUGUCGAUGUAGUAAAUGUGAAGCUACCAGCUGGUUAGCUUAGCUCAAUAUAUAGACAGGAAAUAGGUGGAAACACUCAGACUGGAACUAUCUGAAGGGGUUUUAGUUAGUGAGCUUUAGUGGUGCUGCUAGGCCAAUUUUGUUACCUACUGACAGCCAGGCUAGCAGUUUCUCCAUGUUUCUAGCCUUUAUGCUAAGCAAAGCUAAAUGGCUGCUUAAUACGGAAGAGCUUCUAAAUGGCUUCAUAUUUAUCAUACAGAUAUGAGAGUGGUUUACAGGCCUUUUUCAUAGCAGACAUUUUGACUUGUCAUAGUAGGAGGAACAUAUUACAAAUGCACAUUAUUACACAGCAAAUUGAAAUUAGGCAAUCUUUAAGGCAUCUUUUUGUCAUGUCAUAAAGGCCUGUCAUCUAGUUUAACAGGAAGACAAAAAAAUAAGUGUAUUUCCCUAAAUUUCGAACUAUUCCUUUAAGUGAAACCUAAUAUGUGUCACAUCUUUAAUUCUAAUCUGCCUCAAAGUGAUAGACGUUAACAGCAGCUGUGUAUGCUCACCACACACACUCCUUAUGCAAAUAAAGUGCAGGCUGUUGCAACAUGCUGGCUUCAUGACUGUUCUCACUCCCAGGCUAACUACUCAUGGGUGACCACAUACAUCUGUGUGUUUUGCAGACAGUGGAUUUGGGUGUUGUAUGUUCAAAACAGCAGGAAAAGAUUCAGAUCAAAUAAAAAUCAAACAUGUUAA